UAUUUUAUCGAUAAUUCCGCGGUCACACUGUUGUGUAUAGAUCAGGUGGUCACACUGGCUGGUUGGAAAAAAAAGUGAAAAGUGGACGUCGUGAAAUUUGUACAAUCCGAAAUUUGUUCAAUCCGUAACUAACAUCUAUCGACGCUCCACUUGCGAGACUCUUCACUUAAAGAAAGAAAAGCGUUCAACAUGGCUCAGGAAGGUCAGGAUAUUCCCACUUUCAAGUGCGUGCUGGUUGGAGAUGGUGGCACUGGAAAGACCACAUUCGUCAAACGCCACAUGACUGGCGAGUUCGAAAAGAAGUAUGUGGCCACACUGGGUGUGGAAGUGCAUCCUCUGAUCUUCCACACCAAUCGUGGAGCCAUCCGUUUCAACGUGUGGGAUACAGCCGGACAGGAGAAGUUCGGAGGUCUGCGUGAUGGCUACUACAUUCAAGGACAAUGCGCUGUGGUCAUGUUCGAUGUAACUUCCCGUGUUACAUACAAAAAUGUGCCCAACUGGCAUCGUGAUUUGGUGCGUGUGUGCGAGAACAUUCCCAUAGUUCUCUGCGGCAACAAAGUCGACAUCAAGGACCGCAAAGUAAAGGCCAAGAGCAUUGUCUUUCAUCGUAAAAAGAAUCUUCAGUAUUACGACAUUUCGGCCAAGUCCAACUACAACUUCGAGAAACCAUUCCUCUGGCUUGCACGCAAGUUGGUUGGUGAUCCCAACCUAGAGUUCGUUGCCAUGCCGGCACUGCUGCCGCCAGAGGUCAAAAUGGACAAGGACUGGCAGCUGCAAAUCGAACGUGAUUUGCAGGAGGCCCAGGCGACUGCCUUGCCCGAUGAGGAUGAGGAUCUUUAAGCGAGAAGUGUAUCUAAAAUAGUUAACGGAGAGGCGGCCGGCCUAUACACACACACAACAUACAUACCAUACCCACCACAAUCACACACACACACAAUCACACACGACCACACACCAACCGUCAUCGUACACAAACACACAAAAGACGGCGCUCCAGGGCCAGAAGUCGGUAGAUUUUUUUUUAUUAAAAUUAAUGAUUUAGUUAUGUAUUGCCCCGGGGCGAUAGUUAUUGAAAACGGCAACAUGAACAGAAGUUGCAAAAACCAAUAUCAGGCAGCCAAACGUUUGGCAGCACCAGCUGCCGUGGUGUUGUUGCUCUGCUGUCAGCACCUUGGUGGUUUCCAACACUAGAUGAACACAACUCAAAAUUGCAAGUUACUGAAGCAGUUAUUGAAAACCGCAACAAGAAAAGAACAAAAUACGAAACAUAAAAAAGUUGUAAAAACAAAAAAUAAAGAAACACGAAUUUUGGAUUUUGUGUGUGCGUGUGUCUGUGUACCACUACUACUACUACAACCAAUUUAACACUUUGCUAUCCAAUAAUAUAAUUUCGAAAACAAAACAAAAAAAUACAUCCAAGGUAUAGUCGUCUUCUAUAUCAAUGUAAAUCAAGAACAGAAAGACAGUGAAGAGAGAGACACACAGAGAGAAGAGAAGAAAGGUUGGCGCGCGCGCCUGCAUGAAAACGAGCGAGAGGGCAGUGCAGAGCAGCGCUGCGCCGUAGUAGUAGUUGUAGGCCGUAGAAGUAGGCAUAGGCGCUGGGAAAAGAACUGAGUCGAAAUGAAAGAGAUAGAGAGAGAAGAGAGCCCGAGCCGCCCGCUUAAUCCUCUCCACAUGUUAUUAAUCUAAGAAACUAUGAAAAAUAAACACACAAAAAACCUUCAAACAACAACACAAACAAACAAA